AUGGCUUCGGAACGUUACUACCAUGCACCUGAGAAUCCGCUCAUCCAACACCAUUCAUGGGCGCAUGCGGACCAUACCCUCUCAAUUCCCUCGCAGAACGGGACUGUCUUCUCAGAAACACCUCUACAGUCCGGCAACUAUGCUGAGGGUUACCUACCUGCUACCUUGGAAGCAUCUUCCAACCACAUGCUUCUCUCUAACGCAAACUUUGAGAGCGACAUCGGCACUUUGGGGUUGUCUGAUCUCAAUGUAAACGCCUUUGACCAUGUGACAGCCAUUAUAGGUCCUCAGCACCAUGAGCAUCCAUACGCUUGGGGUUCAUCAGAGAUGAUUCCUCAAGAAGUCGAAAUGGAUUAUUCUGCUUUCAUGAUGCUCGAUGACUCCUCUGAAAUCAACGUUGGUUUACAUGAUAGGAGCGGAUCGACCACUAUCCAUGAACAAUCUUCAGCAUCGGAUGCCAUAACGUUGUUUCCCAAGCUUUGGUAUCUUUCCCUGGAACACUAA